AAUUUCAUUCGCAGAAAAGUGAAAAUUUAUGGCUAAAAAGAUGAACUCCCUACUUUCGGUUGUCGUUUUAGCGUCGGUGUUCUUCGGAGGAGUCCUGUCCCAGCCCAAACCGGACGAUGCAAGCUGCCUGACUGCAAACAACAAAAAGCCGAAGGAAUGUUGCAAAGCACCCAUGCCAGUCGACGAAGCUACGAUGACCCGAUGCGCUACGGAAAACCCGAAGAUUCCACCAACCCCGGGUGCUCCGAAGACCGAAGGCUGUUGUCUCGCCCAGUGCGUCACGACGACUGUGAACAUUUUCAAGAACAACGCCAUCGAUGCGGAAGCGGCCAAAACGGCUCUGGCGGCUACCACGGGUUCGGAUCCUGCCUUUGCCCCGCUAAUUGGGCCGAUUGUGGACGAGUGUGCCAGUAAGGUGAACGCAGAUCAAGCCCUCAAGGCGACUCCGGUUUCGGCCGUCCCCGGCAAGACGCCCUGCAGUUUCAUUCCGGAAGCGUUUAUCGGUUGCGUCGAGCUGCAGCUGCUCCAGAAGUGUCCGGCCGCAUCCUGGAACGAUAACGCCGACUGCCAGUCACUGCGACAGAAGGCCGCUUCCGGUUGUUCGUUUUCUUCGUUGAUGAAGUGAACAGCACAUCCCAGUCGAAAUAUUUAAAUCAUGAACGGAUAAAUGACAACAGGAAGCCCUU